GUGUGUUGUGUGUUAUUAACGCUUUAACAGUUGGCAAUUUUAACUUAACAACUAAAAUCUUUAGUGAAUUGACGUUUAUAAAAAAUAGGCGGAAAAUAUUUAAAUGUGGUAAUUUUUGUUGAAAUUUGUUGUUUAAUCAAAAAGAAUAUUUGUUGUAAUUUUUGUAGACCUAAUAAUAAUCUUAUAAGUGACCAUGUCUAAGAAGACAAAGGCGAUCGGUUUGGAUAACUUUGGUUCAACAGCUACAUUAGCCAAUAAUGAAGUAAGUGUGCCAUUGGGUAGUCAGGAUACCUUAAAUGAAAAAGAUUAUGACCCUUACGAGCAUAGAAAUGUAUUACAUUCAAACACAUAUUUUGGGGCCUUAGUACACUUACUAAAAUGUUCUUUGGGAACUGGAAUUUUGGCAAUACCUAGAGCCUUUAAGGCUUCAGGACUAGCAGUUGGAGUUGUUGGAACCGUUUUCAUUGGUAUAUUAUGCACAUAUACAAUACAUAUUUUGAUGGUAGCCUCUUUAAAAAUGUGCAAAUUAACCAAAAAACCUGGUCUAGAUUUUUCUGAAACUAUAUUUGAAAUUGUAAAACAUGGCCCAAAAGGUUGUAGAAAAUAUGCCCGAUCAGCAAAAAUUUUUGUUGAAUCUGGUCUAUUGCUGUCCCAUAAUGUUGUAGGUUCAGUAUUUAUUGUAUUUAUUAGUACUUCUAUAAAACAAUUAAUGGACCAACUCUACCCAGAACUGAUCGAAUACUCGGGCAGAUGGUACAUGGUGAUCAUCAUGGUUCUGUUGAUAAUUUUUUGUCAAGUGCGUGAACUCAAACACAUGAUACCUUUCUCUUUUACGGCCAACGCGAUGAUGGUCAUUGCCUUUGGAAUAACUCUUUACUACAUAUUCCUGAGAAUGGACAACGUGGAUUUCAAAGAAAUCAAGAUGGUUGGGAGUUUGACAGGGAUGCCCGUGUUUUUUAGCACUGUGAUGUUUGCCAUGGGAGGUAAUGGUUCAAUUCUUCCCCUGGAAAAUACAAUGAUAAAGCCCCAAUUUCUCGGUUGUUUUGGGUGUUGCCCAGGUAGCAAAAUGGUGCAUCUCAUUGGCAGUAUUCUUCACCUUCAUGUUGAUGUUUUAUGUUCCCAUAGACAUAACUUGGAGGAAAAUAAGUGGCCACAUCAGCGAGAAACGACACAAUUUGAGCCAGUUUCUUCUGCGCACAGGAAUAGUGAUACUUGCAUCUUGCAUUGCAAUUUUCGCUGGCGAACAUCUGGGUCCUUUGAUAGAGUUAGUCGGAUCGAUAUUUUUAUCCACUUUGGGGCUCAUGGUGCCCGCCAUAAUGGAUACGCUUAUAAACUGGGACAACUUGGGGUGUUUCUAUUGGAAAUUCUGGAAGAAUUUGGUGAUAUCAAUUUUUGGGCUGUUUGGGGCUGUCGUUGGGAGUUACUAUGCCAUUUUAUCGAUGGUUAAUGGGGAGUCGUGAUAUGUGGAUGUUUAUUAAUUAAUCUGUGAUAUUUUUAAAACAUUGCAUAUUAUAUUUUUUGACCUCCAAGCUUAAAUACAUUACAAAUACAAAAUAAAC